AUUUGUUGUAUAUUGUAAAUAAUAAAUAUAAUCUCAACAACGUUUUAAAUUGUGCUGGUAAUUUGUUUAUUCAGUAAUCAUUUUUUAAAAUGGCAGAAUCAGAAUAUAAUAGUAUAGAAGGUAUUUUAAAAAAAUUACCCACAGAUGACUAUCAAAAAAUACAGGACGUACUUUAUGGUACAGGGUGUAGAACAAUCCCAUUAUCAAAGGAAAUCUUAGAUCUAUCUGAGAAAUAUGACUUAGAAAUUGCAGCACACACUUUUAAUUGUAAAGAAGAACAACUUCGGGUACCACGAAAAACUAUAGUCGGUUUAUUUCAAAAUAAAACUCCGCUACCGACAUGGACUCCAAUAAAACAAAUGAGAGACGCCAUGUUGAAAAUGGCCGGUGAAACUUUGGAAAUCGCAUUUAAAGGAGGCGUCAACGUUUUUUGUUUUCAAGAAGCGUGGAAUAUGCCUUUUGCUUUUUGUACUCGAGAAAAAUCACCGUGGUGUGAAUAUGCCGAGGAUGCGGAACACGGUCCAACUACUGUAUAUUUGCAAGAAUUGGCGAAACGGUAUAAUAUGGUGAUAUUAUCACCAAUUCUAGAACGAGACAAUCGACAUGGUGAAACUAUAUGGAAUACAUGCGUAGUAAUCGACAAUCACGGGGAAUAUUUAGGAAAACAUAGAAAAAACCAUAUUCCCAGAGUGGGAGAUUUCAACGAAUCCACUUAUUAUUUCGAAGGAAAUACCGGACAUCCGGUUUUCCAAACGGAAUUCGGUAGAAUUGGAAUUAAUAUUUGUUUCGGAAGACACCAUCCAUUAAAUUGGUUGGGUUUCGGAAUUAACGGAGCCGAAAUAGUUUUCAAUCCAUCAGCUACGAUAAAUGGUUUAAGUGAACCGUUAUGGGGGAUAGAAGCGAGGAAUGCCGCUAUAGCUAACUCCUAUUUCACCUGCGCAAUUAACAGGGUGGGAACAGAGAUAUUCGAAAACGAAUUUAGCUCAGGUAAUGGCUUACCGGCGCAUAAAGAUUUCGGACAUUUCUACGGUUCCAGUUAUGUAGCAGCACCAGAUGGUUCCCGAAGCCCGGGAUUAUCGAGAACCAGAAACGGUCUACUUAUAGCAGAACUUGACCUUAAUCUAUGCAGACAAGUGAAAGAUCUUUGGGGAUUCCAAAUGACCCAAAGAUUGGAGUUGUACGCCAAGCUUUUAAACGAAGCCACCAAACCAGAUUUCAAACAACAAAUAAUAAGAAAGGGAAGCGAUUAAACGAUUAUCUAUUGAAAGUAAGCCAAACUGUUUAUAUUUUUACACUAUUUAUCGAUAUUAAAAAUUGUAUAAAGUGAAA